AUGGUUGAAAUCCCCAAGAUCAAGCUCAACAACGGCCAGGAGAUCCCACAGGUCGGAUUCGGCCUUUGGAAGGUCACCGAGAACACUGCGGAUGUCGUCUAUGAGGCGAUUAAGCAAGGGUAUAGGUUGUUCGACGGCGCUUUUGAUUAUGGCAAUGAGAAGGGAGCUGGAGAAGGUGUGAAACGCGCCAUCGCCGACGGACUUGUCAAGCGCGAGGACCUUGUGAUCGUCUCCAAGCUUUGGAACACCUUCCACGAGAAGGAGCGCGUCGAACCUAUCGUGCGCCAACAGCUUGAGUGGUGGGGCAUUGACUACUUCGACGUCUUCUACAUCCACUUCCCCGUAGCUCUCCAAUACGUCGACCCCAAGGACAGCUACCCGUCAGGCUGGACGAACCUCGAGGGCAAGGUCGUCGAGAGCAAGGCCACCAUCCAGGAGACCUGGCAGGCUCUGGAGAACCUGGUCGACAUUGGGCUCGUCAAGUCCAUCGGGAUUUCCAACUUUCAAGGGGCUCUGAUCAUCGAUCUCCUCCGCUACGCUCGCAUACGCCCUGCCAUCCUCCAAGUCGAGAUCCACCCGUACCUCGUUCAAACGGCACUCAUCAAGUACGCCAAAUCUGAGGGCAUCACUGUCACUGCCUACUCCUCCUUCGGUCCCCAAUCCUUCAUCGAGCUCGACUGGGACAAGGCGAAGGACACCCCCACCCUCUUCCAACACCCCGUCGUCACUGCCAUCGCUGAGAAGCACGGCAAAACCACUGGCCAGGUUCUCCUCCGCUGGGCUACCCAGCAAGGCCUUGCUGUCAUCCCCAAGAGCACGGAAAUCAAUCGGAUGGUGGAGAACUUGGAGUCGGUCACCUUCGACCUUACUGAAGAGGAUAUCAAGGCGAUUACCGGUUUGAACAAAGACAUCCGCUUCAACAACCCUCCUGACUACCUGGGCACUCUCUACAUCUUCGCCUAA